AUGAAAUCUAGGUGGACUGGACCAUUCACAGUGGUUAAGGUAUUCCCAUAUGGUGAUAUAGAAAUAAAGCCUGAUGGUGACAUCCCGUUCAAGGUAAACGAGCAGCGAAUGAAGCACUACAUGGGAAACCUAAAGAAAGAUGAUGACGAGGAUGAUGAUGCUGGAGAUGAUGAUGAGGAUGAUGACGAUGAUGAUGAUGAUGACGAAGAUGACGAUGAUGACGAUGGAAAUGACGAUGAUACUUCCUUCGAACUGAGGUCUAAAGUUGUUACCAGAAUACCUAUUAAAUGGGAUGAAAUUGACUUUCCAAAAGAAUGGAUCCUAGAGAAUGCAGCCCCUCCUCAAAAUAAUCAUAAUAGCGAGAUUUUAGAAGAAGAACAGGCCGCUGAUGGCACUGUAAAUAUCAAAUUUUCUGAUUCUUUGCCUCUACUUAAUAGGGCUGAUGAUUUGCGUACAACAUCAUCAUUGAGACUAACAAGAUCAACAUCUUCUUACAUAUCCCCUGUUGAUUAUAUUGUUAGAUCUCCAUAA